AUGUGGCUUGCAGUACCGGGUGACCAGCUCAAGAUAAUAGAUUGUGUUAUUCAAAUGCUGUAUAAUGCAAGUUUGAUGAUCAAUGACAUAGAGGAUGAUGUGCAGCUGAUAUAUGGCGUCCCGCAAACUAUUAACACUGCUAACUAUGUGUAUUUCUUGGACUAUAAGGAGCUCGCCAAGCUGAGAAGACAGUGUGAAGAUGGGGAUGUGGGGAUGGAGAUCAUGUGGCAAGAUUUAUUGCAAUGCCCAAUGAUGGAAGAGUAUACUUAUAUGGUCAACAAUAAGACUGGCGGUGGUUUUAGGGUGUUUGUCAGGCUGAUGAUGGCACUUGCAGCAAAGAACCUUGAGGUCAAUUUUAUCCCUUUGGUGAAUAUUAUUGGGGUGUACUUCCAGAUUUCGGAUGAUUACAUGAAUUUGCAAAGUACAGAGUAUAAUGACCAUAAGGGGUUUGCAGAAGACCUCACAGGAGGCAAAUUCUCCUUUCCAAUUGUUUACAGAGUCCAUGUGGAUGACCAAAGUGUGCUGCAAAAAUGUCCUACCACACCGACUCUGAAGCACUACACCAUCAUCUAUCGGUGGACGAAGACAAAGUUAUUUGAUUACAUGCUUAUGGUCAUGCAAAACUUAAAGCAGCAGUUACCCAGCUACACCAAAGACCCCAAAGUCCAAGUUGUCAAAGAUGAAAACCUCACCUGGGAACAAUUCAACGAAUCAGCUCCUCACAUGGUCACCUUCAUGAAGGACAAUGACUGGCCAGAUGACCGAGUGAAUAUGCACAUUGCAUUCUGGUCCACACUACAGAAUCACAGAUGGCACCAUGAUUUUGACACUCACAAACAAAGCACGCUACUGUUAUAUCAAGCCCAACAAUGCAAGUGUUGGCACCUCACCAUCGGCAGCUCCAAUAGUUGGAGCAUCGCGAAGAUCAAUCAAGACUUGCUGAAUGAAGCUCGCGAAACAAUAUUCAACCAAUUCAGAAUGCAGAUACUGUCUAGCCAGAAUCGCACCUAA